AGGAUGCUGAAUUGUAGGUGAUGAUGGCGGAAGGGGAGCGACGUUGAGUUUCGUCUGAGUCCUCACCACAGCUGUAGAACCGUCUACAACAUCGUUUCUCUCCGUCGAGAGCUAUCCGGAGACGAUGGGGAACGAGGCCAGCAUGGAGGGGGAGGGACAGCCGGGACAGGCGGGCCCCGCCGUCCCUGCAGCAGGUGCUCCGGCUUCCAUUUCAGCACCACCGGACUCUGGACAGCUCAUCAAGCCGAGCAACGGAGCGCCAGCCGGGGGAAGUGGCUCUGCGUCCGGCCCGGGGAUUAACAGACCCCCUCCAUCAGACCCUGGACCAAAAGCUGGAGUCCAGAGCAGUCAUGGGACGGGGGACAGGUUGGCCUCUCAUGACACCCCUAAGCAGGCUGCACCUCAAGGAGAGCAGGGCCAGGGUCAUGUUUCCAGGAAGAAUUUGCAGGUGGACUUGGGUGGCAGCAGGACUGGAAGGUCUCCUUCUGUGUCCCCAGACCGAGGAAGCGUCCCCACUUCUCCUUACUCUGUGCCUCAAAUUGCCCCGAUGCCCAGCAGCAAAUUGUGUCCUGUCUGCAAAACCACUGACCUGAUGGGCACAGGGAUGACAAGCAACAUCUGCACCCAGUGCCGCUCUAUGGUGUGCAACCAGUGUGGCUUCAAUCCCAACCCACACCUCACAGAGGUUCAAGAGUGGUUAUGUCUGAACUGUCAGAUGCAGAGAGCGCUGGGAAUGGACAUGACUACGCCACGCUCCAAGAGUCAGCAACAAAUCCACUCUCCUUCUCAUUCACCCAAUCCUGAAGUUAAACCCGACCCUUCACAUCUGCCUGCCCCUACUACACAAGCCCCACCUCAAACGCAGCCCCCAGCACAGUCCCAUCCUGCACCUGGUCCUACCAAACAGACGGGUCCAACUGGCCCCAGUCAGCAGCAACGAAAACUGCCUCCAGGGGCCGUCCCUCUCCCUGGUAUGGCCAAGGCCCCGUCCCAGCCAGAUCUAUCUCGAGGCUCUCCCGCCCACCAAGCUCAACAAACACGUCAGGACCAGACCCGCAGUGCAGGGAGUUCCCCUUCGCGACAACCCCCACCCCCUGAACAGACCUUUGGAAAGUUGUUUGGCUUUGGUGCUUCUCUACUUAACCAAGCCACCACUCUUAUAUCUGAGACCACUCAACCCCAACAGCAGUCUCCAAAACAGUCUCCUAAACCCGGGGGACCACCUGGUCCAGGACCUGGAGCUGGUAAACCUUCUGGGCCACCUCCUGCACAACAAGGGCCUCAAGUUCCUGCACAGCAGCAACAACAGCAUGCAGCUCCAGACUCCUCUAAGCCUAAAACCUGUUGUCCCCUCUGUAAAACAGCCCUCAACGUUGGCAACACGUCAGAGGAACCCAACUACAACAUGUGCACACAGUGCCACUCCAAAGUGUGCAACAUGUGUGGAUUCAAUCCCACCCCACACCUAGUUGAGAAAAAAGAAUGGCUCUGCCUAAACUGCCAAACACAGAGGGCUCUGUCAGGAAGCUUGGGAGAUAUUCCAGAUCCUGGAGGACCUUCAGUGGGAUCUUCCCGAUCAUCUGCUCCAGCCAAACAGCAAACACCUCAGCAGAAAUCACCCAAUCAUCUUUUAGGGCCUAACACCACAGGUCCUCAACGACAACAGAAAUCAGCUGGUCCUCAAGUAAGUGGCCCUCCCUGUAAUGUGAAACAAGCAGGGCCUGGCCCUCAACAUAAAGGGCUCAGCCAAACCUCUCCUCAAACCAAGGGUUCGACUCAGCCACCCCUUCAAGCUAAGAGUCAAACACAUCCCUCAUCUCAGGGUAAAGGACCUGCUCAAACUAAAGGUCCUAAUCAACCCAGUGCUCAAAGUAAGACCUCCUCACAGCCUGCUAACCAAAUGAAGGGCCCGAGUCAGGCCAAAGGGCUGACUCAGACAAAAGGAUCUGCUCAGCCCUCUGCUCUGCCUAAGGGCCCUUCUCAUCCCUCUGGUGCCAAGCCUUCAUCUGGCCCUAGUAAACCUGCUCCUAACCAUACUAAGACCCCCACCCCUUCAAAAACAGUUCCUGCUCAGUCUAAACCCACAGGUAAUAACCAGGCCCGCAAACAGCCGCAAAGCCAGGAGAAGACUAAAGCUGCAUCCAAAACUCUAAAAGAAGACGCCAAAGCUUCACAGAAGAAGACAUUAUCAGAGACUGACACUCCAAAAGACAUGAAGAUAGCUGAAGACGAAAAGAAGUCAAGACACCAUGAAGACCACAACAAAGCAAGUAUGCAGAGUUUAAGUGACACUGGAUACUCUUCAGAUGGCAUCUCGAGUUCUCAAGGGGAAAUUACAGGUCGAAUCCAAGAAGAGGGAUUAAAGCUUAGUGAAAGAGGUGCUUCCAUCCCCUCUGAAAUCACCAAGUUAGAAAGCUCUAUGAAACCUUUGCUUGAAUCAAAGACUGCCUCAGAUCUGAAACACAGGCCUCAUUCACUUUCUGUGGGGCAAGACUACAGUCCGGAAGAUGAGGCAGCAAGGGAUGAAUCAGAAGAUGACCUCAGUUGCAAGCUUCGUCACGAUUAUGUGGAAGACAGCAGUGAAAGUGGUUUAUCACCAUUGCCAAUAAGACAAAAGAAGUCACAUAAAGAUUUAACAGAUGAGGAAUAUAUGAGGAGACAGAUUAUGGAGAUGAGUGCUGAUGAAGAAGAAUUAGAAGAACUUGGAAACCAGAAAUCUAAAAAGACACACAAAGCUGGUGGGGAUUUAGGCAAAGAGAGAAGGCGUCUCUCUCAUCAAUCUAAUAGUUUUGAAGAAGAUACAAAGGUUUCAGAGGGGGCUUAUAAAACAAAAGAAGAGGAAGAUAUAGUAAUGGCAGGUGGCCUUCGACGUUUUAAGACAAUUGAGCUGAAUAAUACUAACAGCUACAAUCGAGACAUUGAGCUCAGUAGUGAACAUGACCUUCGAGAACCAGAGCUUGAAAUGGAGAGUCUGACUGGUUCUCCUGAGGAGAGGUCCAAGGGAGAUUAUUCAUCCACUCUACCCGCCACUACUCCCAGCUACACUUCUGGAACAUCCCCAACCUCUGUGUCAUCCAUGGAAGACGAUAGUGACAGCAGUCCUAGUCGGAGAGCACGACUUGAAGAAGCAAAGCAGCAGAGAAAAGCUCGUCAUCGGUCCCAUGGGCCACUGCUCCCCACAAUUGAGGACUCCUCUGAGGAGGAUGAGCUUAGAGAAGAGGAGGAACUACUUAGGGAACAGGAGCAGAUGAGAGAUCUAGAGCAACAGAGAAUUCGGAGUACUGCCCGGAAAACAAAAAGGGAUAAAGAGGAACUUCGAGCACAGAGGCGCAGAGAACGGUCCAAAACUCCUCCGAGUAAUCUCUCUCCUAUUGAGGAUGCAUCACCAACAGAGGAGCUGAGACAGGCUGCGGAGAUGGAGGAGCUCCAUAGAUCAUCCUGCUCUGAAUAUUCACCCUCUAUGGACUCAGAGGCAGAAGGUUUUGAGAUGAUUGGAGGAAAGCUUUACAAAUCAGGAAAAGAAUUCAAUCUUCCAACUUUUACAUCACUCUACUCCCCAACAGAGAAGACCUCAAUGUCACCAUCUGAUAAAACUCUAAAAAGUGCAGAAGAAGUGUAUGAGGAGAUGAUGAGGAAAGCACAGCUCAUGCAGAAGCAAGGAAAAACAAUUAAUCAACAGAAAGGUGGCUCACAAUCAGAUGGUGGGUAUCAUCUUGAAGCUGGAAGUUCUCUAACUCCAGGCUCAAGCCCAACGCAGGUAAAUGCACCAAUAACCUUCUCCACAACAGGCAGUGAUUCAAGAAUAGCAGGUAUGCAAGCAGCCCAACAUUUAUCAAAAGAAACACAGAACAGAAUGAUGACACAAAGUGCCAAAAUUGAAGGUGUUGUUGGAGUUGCAACAACCAAAGCCCAAAUGAGUCAGGCUGCUUCAACUCGGCAUGGUGGAGGCACAGUGCCUGUUAAUAACAGAGCAGGCUCACAGAGGCCAACACAACCAACAACUGACCCUGGAUCAUCUUCCUUGACCUCCAAAGUUUUUUCACUUUUUAAAGGACCCAGUCCCCCAGUUUCUCCCACUGUAUCUCCAACCCAAAGCCCAACACAUACACCCCCUGUGCGACACACUAGUGGUAAUAGCAGGCAGCUGCCAUCGUUGCCAACUGGUGCUACAACAACUUCAGUGUCCCACAGUGCUCAAACACCUCAAAGGACAAUGUCACCACGUCUUGUACGACAACAGUCCUCUCAAGAUUCACCAGUGAUGGUAAUAACAUUGGGUUCUGAAAGGUCUAGUCCUGCCAAGCCACUGACUGUAAAUUCCUCUACAUCUCCCCUAUCAUCACCAACACAGCCAGGUUGUAAAACAUUGUAUAGCUCACAGUCUCCUUCAACAAGUUCUCCAACAUCACCCCAAACCAUGAAACAUUUUUCUCAAAUGGGUCAAAAUAUUGAAAAAGUUAAUGUUGGUGUUAGUGCUAUGACUAUAAGUGCACAUAGUCGUGGUUCAAUGGAAAAUAUAUCUCUGUGUAAAAUCUCUAAUGUUACAGGUACUUCAAAAGUUGUGGGGCAGAGCCAAACAGUUCCAAACACUGCUGUUGUAGACCUAAGAGCUCCACUGAGAUCAGCUCCAAUUAUAAUGACAGAUCAGGGCAUGGAUCUAACAUCUCUUGCCUCUGACACAAGAAGGUACUCUUUAGGAGCUGAGCAGCCAUCUGGUAGGCACACAGCAGUGCAGCCUCUUAUUAUGAACCUCAAUGCACAAGAACAACCACAUGUAUCUGCAUCAACACCAACAACAGUUAGUGUCACUGUUGCAGGGUCAACAUUCAUGUCACAACCUAAGCAACCAGUUGUGUAUGGAGACCCAUUGCAGAACCGUGUGGAUCUAGGUCAGUGUGUUGGAGCCGCCGUGUGUUUAACCCAGAGUAAGCAACUGAUUACUGACCCGUCUAUUCCUAAAAUAGAUGCUUGCCUAGAAAAUCUUGAAAUACAGCAACAACAACUGCAGUUACAACAACAGAAGCUUCUGCAUCAGCAACAACUUCUUGAGCAGCAGCUUCAGCAACACCAACAGCAGUCCUCUUUUGCUCGUUACAAUUUAGCUAAUCAGGUACAGCCACUGUUGAUGAAAAAAGACCUUGUAGUGGCACAGACAAGUGAUGCCCAGCCUGUAGUGACUGCUAGUGCCAUACCUAGAGUAUCUCCUCUGGCUCCACCAUCAGUGUCUGGGGCUCUUACUUCUAAUGCACCCCAUGAAAUGUAUGGUGGCAUUGCCUUAGAGCUUAAAAACAAGCCAACAGUAAUGAACUUGUCUACAGGUAAACCCCAUAUUAUGAUGGUGCAACUUGAUGAGAACAACAUUUCACAAGGUGGCACAGUUACUCAGUUAGUAAAGCAAGAAGACCAAGCCCCUGCUCCUCCUCCACCUCAGGUUUUGGAUCUGACUGGACAGCUCAAAUCAGAAAAUCAAGUGGCUUGUUGUGAUGUUGUUUACAAAUUACCUUUUGCUGGUAGCUGUUCCGGAUCGUUCUCUCAGAAGUCUCCCACAGUAUCUUCAGAUAAAAAUCCCACCACUGAAACAUCUCAAGUAGCCCAACCUCCCCACCCACCACACUACAGUGUUAGCCAACAACAGCAGCAACAAAAGACUCAAGUUACCCAAGGAAUAACAAUGGAUCAUAAACAAUACCCUCUACCUAUACUACCUACUGGAAAAAUACAGCCUUCCAUGUCUGAUACCAAUUUGCCUUCAUUGACUGAUGCUUCUCACUAUCAGAACAAUAUCCAAGGGGGGGUUGCUGUAGAUCUUAGCAGUAUGAAUCAGGUUUAUGAUGCUGGAUACCUUGGCAUAGGGGCACAAUAUGGUUCUUAUACGGACCUGCGUCACCAGGGUGAGUUAUCAGCUCCUUCAUUACCCCUUCGUCGAUAUGGCUCCAUGUCAAAUAUUAAUUCGGACUACACUUGUGGUUCACGUGACCUAACAGGAUUGCAGGACUCUAAUUUGGCUCAAUAUAGUGCAACUACUGCAAGGGAGAUCAGUCGCAUGUGUGCAGCUCUUAACACUGUUGAUCAAACUGGGAGUCGUUUUGGAAAUAAUCCUGAACUGGCAGCAUAUGCAGCUGGAAGGGGAGGACCUUUAGCAAGAUUAAAUCUCCAUCAAGGUUUAGCAUCAGUAAGAGCAAAUUUACUUUAUGGACAAGAUGGGCGACAAACAGUGCAUGGUCAAACACUAACAAAUUUAAUAAAUGCUAGACAAGCAAGUAUACGCGCCUUGUACACUGCUGCCAUAAGAGGAGGUGAUGGUAUGAUAUAUUCCACUAUAAAUGCUCCAAUAGCUUCAACCUUGCCAAUUACUACACAGCCAGCCCCAGUCAUACGCCCAGUGCCUAGGGGAAUUUACAGACCAUACCCUACAGGGGUGACUGCUGUACCCUUGGCUACUCUAACCAGAUUGCCUCAAGUGACUCCCAGGAUGCCUCUGUCCACUCAAGGAUCAUAUACCUACCCUCCUCCAAACCAGUAUCCUACAUCAGCCACACCAUCAGAAGGCACUUCUGUGUUAAGCAGCUCAGAGCAGGAAACUCCAGUGUAUCUCGGAAAGCCUUUAAUGACAAUAGCUGCCCAAACAGCUGCAACCUUUCCAAUAACCCAACCAGCAUUACAAUCUGGAGCACAACAUAUGUCUGUUCCUGGUAUGCAAACCACAGCAGAUCAUCAAUCAGACUAUUCUCAACUUACCUCACAGAGUCUUGCAUCACUCUCUCAGGCUCAAGGUCAGCCUCCAAUUGUCCAACCGGUGCAGCCUCAAAUGCAGGCACAGCAAUUACCUGCACAAACCGAACCUUUAUCUUUGACACAAACUCAUUCUCAUGCUCAGCCUAUCAGUCAGCCUCAGUCUGUAGUUCUGCCUCAAACCCAGACAAAAGCAAUGACAAAUGAAACUGCCCAAACACCAGAAACCAAACUUUCUUCUACAACUGAUGCACAGCAAAAUAAGGAUGAUGAAACACUGAAUCAGCAACAAGAGCAAUUAUUGCAGCUUGAGCGAGAACGAGUUGAACUGGAAAAAUUACGACAGAUGCGUCUACAAGAGGAGCUAGAAAGAGAUCGUAUGGAGCUUCAACGUCACAGAGAAAAAGAGCAGCUACUUGUUCAACGGGAACUUCAAGAACUUCAGACAAUCAAGCAACAGGUACUACAACAACAACAAGCAGAGCGUGAAACGCAGCUUAUAAUGCAAAGAGAACAACUGGCCCAGCAAAGAAUGCAACUUGAGCAAAUUCAGACCCUACAACACCAACUUCAGCAUCAGUUGGAGGAGCAGAAAAGGCAAAAGACAGCUGCAGUAGAGGCUGCAGCAGCAGUUGCUGCUGAGGCAGCUGCUGCAUCAGCUUCAGCUGCAGCAGCAGCAACAACAGCUCAGAGUGCUAUCCAAGGGGUAGUUGUUGGAGGAGGAGUCCCUCAAGGAUUUAUAAUUUGCGACCAAAGUGGUAGAGUAAUUCAAAAAGAUGGUCAGAGUGUUCAAUUCUGGCAAGAUGGACAAGUAGUUCAAGCAGUGAUGGCUGCUCGACCUAUUCAAAGCUCUGCCUCUGAAAUGUCUUUAAAAAGCAGUGACAAGCAGGCUGAUUCUAAGAUUAUGAAAAAACAGAAUUCUAUGCCUCGGCUGAGGGAUGGCUCAGAGGAAGACUCUGUCAAAAGAAUUAUAGACAGCUGUGUGCAAACAGAUGAUGAGGAUGGUGAAGACAGGUACUUAAAUAGGCGUAGGAGAACAAGGCGCAUUGCAGACUGCAGCGUUCAGACUGAUGAGGAAGACCAAGCAGAAUGGGACCAGCAGCCAGUACGACGCAGACGAUCUCGUGCAUCAAAGCAUUCAGAGUCCAGCGGUGAUACAAAAUCUGAAGGAUCAUCUAAAGUGGCUUCUACAAGCAUAGCUAUUCAGACCACCAACGACUCAUCAUGCCAAACAGAGCCAGACCAACUAGGCAGGGUUUCACCUGCAAUCCACAUUACCAUGGCAGAGACCUCAAAGGUUGACCUAUUGCAUUACAUAGCAGCUCCUGAAAGAACUCACAAAGGAGAGAGCCUAGCCUGCCAAACUGAACCAGAAUCACAUUCUCAGGGAGUAGUCGCCCCUCAGCUGAGUGUCCCUACAACUAUUAGUCCAUACUCAACAAGUCUGCAUAUAGUAGGAGCAAAUGCAUCUGACCCAACUACUCCCAGACUCCAAGGAGUUGCUAAGUUUGAAAGGAGGAAACCAGACCCUCUGGAAAUUGGUUAUCAACAUCAACAAAAUGAGACUUCUUCUCGACAUCCUCCCAAAUCUCCCCAAGUAUUAUACUCUCCAGUAUCUCCACUUUCUCCUCAUCGCAUGUUGGCGACAACAUUUGCUUCCCAGGAGAAGCUUAACAAAGCCCAUGUUACACCACAACAGAAGGCUUUCACUGCUGAAUCUCCUCAACGUCACCAGUCGCUGCCAAGACCCAUAAAAAAUGUGCAGCGUUCAAUGUCGGAUCCAAAGCCUCUCAGCCCAACAUCGGAGGACCCUGCCAAGAACAGGUUUUCUCCAUAUCAUCAUCAAGUUGUGUCCAGCAGCCAGCAGAUGGCCUCCCUGCAGCAGCAGCAGAACUCUCUGAUGAGGAAAGUGAAGAGGACUCUCCCAAGCCCACCACCGGAGGAGGCGCCGCUCCCAAUUGUUUCUCUAGCACAAAUGUACAACUCUCCUGGCAUGUCGCAGAGGGUCCUUCCAAGGCCUACCCAAGGAGUUACCAAGGCUGGUCUCUUGAGUGAAUUAAAAGCUGUGGAGCAAGAGUCUUCAAAAUUGCGUAAGCAGCAGGCUGAACUGGAGGAAGAGGAAAAAGAGAUUGAUGCCAAGCUGCGCUAUUUGGAGCUGGGCAUCACUCAGCGAAAAGAGACCAUGGUGAAGGAGAGGGAGAGGAGAGAGUUGGCUUAUCUGCGAUGUAUGGGGGAUGCUCGAGACUACAUGUCAGACAGUGAACUCAAUAACCUUAGAAUGGUAGCCGCAACUGGAAAUUAUGAUGCUAAUGGUUUGCUGACAAGACCUAGCACUGCACCACUGAGUCAGUUUACUAAUGACCUCAACGUAACCUCUCAAUAUCCCUCAACUUCCUCCUAUAUGCCAUAUCCAUAUCCUCAAAGUCAACCAUCAACACAGCAGCCUGGCUCUGCUUAUCCACAAAUAGGUUUCCAGCCUCCUCAGUACCCAACCUCUGCCCCACAGCCUGGAACCUUUCAGCCCCAUCCUCCUACCGGCCCUGGAUACCAGAACCAGGCCUAUUCUUCCCGUACAUAUGGCCAGUCCUCUUAUCAAACAGAUUUUAACAUGCAGCAGCAUGGUCACCAGGGCUUCCACACACCUGGUCAGCCUAUGCCAGGACAGAGCCUUCCUUACCCCACCCAUAGUUCCUACCAAGCUGGCCUCACCUACCAGCCCCAGGCAGAAAUCCUUACAGUUCAUCAAAGACCAAGGCAAACAUCUUUGGCAGACCUUGAACAAAAACUUCCUACUAAUUAUGAGGUAAUUAACAACCCAGCAGUCUCAGUGGCUACAUCAGCACCAGAUACCAGCUUUGGUUCAGCUUAUAGCAGUGCAUAUGGACAAUAUCGUGCUCCAGAGCCGGGCCUGACUCACUCAGUGGAAAGCCCCACCUCUGCAUAUGGUUCAGAUGGUCUUUAUACCUCCAACCUGGAGCAGAAUAUUCCAAGGAACUAUGUGAUGAUUGAUGAUAUCAGUGAGUUGACAAAAGACAACACAGGUCAACCCACUGAUGCUCUUGGCCAUCCUGUUGGAGGGCGGUAUCGCAAUGAGAAUGGCCCUGCAAGAGGAGCUGUCUAUGAUGAGUCUGUUGAUGCUUAUGGCAGACCCACAGGUUCAACUAGUUACCAGAGCACAGUGGACAGUCGCACCAGCACCACAGUGAGUGGAGGCUCGUCUUAUUACUAUGACGAUUAUAAACAUACGUCACGCUCUGGUAGCCACAAAGUUACAUCCAAAAAUCUUGCUCCUGCUGUAGUUUCCUCUAAACGCAGUAAGCAUAGGAAGCAGGGAAUGGAGCAGAAGAUUUCUAAAUUCUCCCCUAUUGAGGAAGCUCGAGAUGUAGAGUCUGACCUUGCCUCUUACACAAUGACAACAUCAACUGGGGGUACAUGUCCAGUUGUGUCGAGAUCCAAAAAGCCACAAGAUGAUGUCACCUAUGGCAUGAAAAAGUAUGAUCAGCAGAAAUAUUAUGGCACCAAUCAUGAAGGUCUUGAGGAAGAGGACCGCAUGUACAGUUCUGGUAGGUCCAGGUCCACAGGAUAUGGAAUGGACAAGAUAUCAUCUAGAGAUGCCACGGGCCAUCGUAGUAAAUCCUAUGAAAGAGAUGCUAUGGAGCGGUCUCAUAGAAGCAGCCGCAGUGGAAGGCCACCCAUUCGAAAUCAGAACUCAGAAGAGGAGAGCCCACUUAGUCCUGUUGGAAAGCUUGUAGGCAAUGGAAGAGGCUCAGGCAUACCAGAGGCCCAUGAUGUGAGAAACCAGUAUGGCUCCAGCCAUUCACUACCAGAUGUGCAGGACCACCAUAAGAAGGACCUUCCCAGAAGUCAUGUCUAUAAACCAGAUGACCCAUAUCUCGUAGAUGACAUGCACUGUGCGGUUUCUGACAGUGAAGCAUAUCAUUUAAGCCAAGAAGAGACUGAUUGGUUUGAGAAACCACGGGAGGCCCGCUCCGAUCGCUCACGACAUCAUGGAACUGGAAGUCACCCCUCCACAGGUAGACGUAAUAAACACUCCUACCAUGACUAUGAUGAGCCUCCAGAGGAAUACAGUCAACAGGACGAGUACAACCAGCGUCACCCUUCCUCCACGUCACGAGACCAUCGUCACCAUGGAGGCAGCUCUGGCAGGCACAGCUCUUCUCGCCACUCUUCAGAAGACCCCAGGUCUUCACGCUCUUCCAGGACUCACCCCAAGGACCCGUCAGGACGCGCUGAAGGCAGGACAUCCUCAGCCAUACAAAGAAGGAGUGGCACAGAUUCCCGCUCUGCUCAUGGAAGCCCAAGAAAUUCAGGAGACUUCUCUAGAGACUCACCCUCUAAUCAUCACCACGGCACUGCUGGAAGGAGCCAAAGACCACAAGGAGAACACACAGCUACUAGGAGACAAGAUCCUUCUAAACCUCAGAGCCAGCAGGCUCCUCAGGGCCAUGCAGGGCAGCAGCGGUCAGGUGGUCAGGGUCAGUCAGGAAGACAUCCAGGCUCUGAACCACUUGAUGCCAGCCAGCAGGCUCAGCAGCAACAUCAGCAGAGUGUGCCACAACAACAACAACAACAACAGCAGCAGCAGCAGCAGCAGCCACCACAGCACAGCCAUACCUCUCAGAAUAGUCAGCCCUCAACAACAACAGCUGGAACUGGACCAACACAGCAACAGCAGCAGACCAAACCUGGACAAACUCCGUCACAGGGACGGCAGCCAGGAGUGGGGUCUGCAGUGGGGCAGCAGGCCAUUGUGCCAAAAAUGGAUCCUACACCUACAGCAGCUGCCACAGGAAUGAAACCUCCAGCUGGAGUCCCAACAGCCCCCCAGCCCACCAAAAUAGCCACACCUCCUCUUACAGGCAUAGGCUCCAAGGCUGCUCCUGUUGGAAUCGGGAGCAAACCGGUCGGGAUUGGAAGCGCUGCAGCAGGUCAGGCACCAGCUGAAGGGGAAAACGUUCUCACCAAAAUCCUGCAGGGAGGCGCAGCAGAGCAAGCAGGAAAACUGGGAGAUGCUUUGUCCGGUCUGGGAAAAAAGUUCACUUCAUUUUGGUGAAGUGAAAAGAGGGUAUGCUGGAAUAAAAUGAGACGGAUCAGUAGCUUUGUUCCGGAAAACCUAUGAAACCACAUCACAUUAAUUUCUCUUCACGGAGAAAACAGAGGAGAAACCCUGAGUGCAUCAACCUGGAAUCAAAGGAUGCCUUGUCAGCAAUGAAUUCCACAGACAUUGGCCCACGACUGAAGGGAACUAAGUAAGGGGGAUCACUUUGUCAGCACGCUGUGAAAAAGACAUGCGCAGAGGAGUGAAGAGGCCUGAAAGUAGGUGAAUGCUUUGAAGGAACUACAACCUCAAAAUGAUGAUGGUAGAAACAUUCAAGGCCUCAUUAGAUCAUUGGUCAUCGUUAACAAUGCGAUGAAAUGGAGAGGGAAAAGAAUGGUCUGCUUUUUCUCCUCCUCUGAUUUGGGAAACAAUUCAACAUUCUGCUAACAGAGGAAGUUGGAUAUGAUGGGAGAAGCAGCGUGUUGGUUCAUCCACGGAAACACAGUAAAGGAAGCGUCACAGCGCCCUCUACAGAGACUUUUCUGCAACAUCUCCCAUGUCUGAGGAGUACACAUUGCUCAAGGCUUCCUGAUUCUACAUUGAUGUCUUCAGAGCGUUUUCAAGCGAAAAAAAAAAAACAAAGCAAAAAAAAAAAA